AUUGGUCGUCAAGUCAGCAAUAAAAUUUCUUAUUUCACCAAUUUCCCUACAAUAAAAGAUUUUAUUACCGACCAUAAGUGGAAACUCGAAAAAGAAAACUAUUGGAUCACAGUGUUUAUGUUUGCAAGCACUAAAUAAGCGUAUCAAGGGUUACAAUUUUAAAUAUAAACUUCUCGCGCGCCAACAAGUAAAUAUCAAAUCGUACACAAAUAUUAUCUGUAUCUUCAAGUACACUUUUGGCCAGCGCAACAUGUCACACUUUUAAAACUAGGAAUACACUUUUAACAAAAAAACAUGGCGCUACUAUAACGUGAUUAAAAAUAAAUUAAGUUUAAUUUCUUUUUUUGCAAUGGAAUUAAUUAAAGAAGAAGAAAUGACAACGUCUUCCUAUUGUGUGAACUGUUUGUGCAAGUCCAAAGAUAGAAAUAUACUGUACUACAAAUUACAGAGUGAACAUUUGAAAAUUAUAUUUAAGGUUGAUGCUCUCGCUCUAUGUUUUGUGUGCAAGAAACAUGUACAAAAUGCAGAAUGUCUAAUAGAAAAAAUUUUAAAUAAUCAAAUUUUAGUUAAUUUGCAUAAUUUUUCAGACCAAACAAUUGAUGUUAUGGUGCAACCAUACUUCAAUAUAGCAGUUUUAGAUACAAUUGAAUUAUCUGGUAUUGAUGUACAAACAGACGAAGCAACUAUUGUAUAUAAAUAUGGAGUAUAUAAUGAAUGUAUUGUUAAGAAUGAAAUGAAAUGCGAAUUUGAAGAUUAUUUGCGGAAUGAUAAUGAUUUCAUAGAUAUAAAAGUAGAUAUAAAAAAUGAACUCUCAGACAUCGCUGAAUGUGAUACUGAUAUUAAUGAAAUAAAAAUACAAAAGAAAACUGUUAAAAAGAAAAAAGGAAUAAAUAAAGGUAGAAAAAGGAAAGCUGCAGUAGUUACUAAUGGAAUGGAAGAAACAAAUUGUCAAAUAAACAAUGAUGUGAAUUCUAUUAAUGUUAUGGAUUUAUUUAAAGAAUUAGAAACAAAGGAAGCACUUGAAAAAUCUAAACUGAAAAAAUCAAUCGAAAGAACAUCAAUACAAAAGUUUUAUAUAAAUAGUGAACAAUUAAUGCAAGAGAGAAAUAUUAAGGCUAAUGAAAAAACGUACAUUAAUUGUGUGUACAAAUGUACGGACUGCGUAAAAGGUUUUGCAUAUAAAGCUACCUAUCAAAAACAUAUGGAAUUACAUAGUAAGGAUAAAGGUAAUUACGUAUGCAAUGUAUGUAAGCAAAGAAUGGAUACAGAUGAAAAAUUGUUUCAGCAUAAAAAAUUGCAUCAAAUUCGUUACAAAUGUUUGAUAUGUGGCAUUACACAAAAGACGUGUAUGAGGGAUCAUUAUAAUUCCUAUCAUUCCAAAGUGGCUGUACUUUACAAAUGUAAAUCCUGUCCAAGGACAUUCACAGACCGGUAUUAUUUAAGGAAACAUGUCACUUACAGACACAAAGAUAGACGUGUGACAUGCGCGCAUUGUAUGAAGACGUACGCUAACAAAGAUGUACUCAAAAAUCAUAUACAAUUACGUCAUCCAACAGUAUUUCCGCCAGCGGAAUUAAAAAAGACAAUUGUAUGCAAUGAAUGUGGUAAAGCAUUUAAAUCUCCGUCACAACUUAAAGCCCACAGUCUUAAACAUUCCUCUGAGAAGAAGUUCUAUUGUGUCGAAUGUGAUAAAAGUUUUAAGUCUGAAAAUACAUUAAAGCAACAUUUAAAGUUGACAGCGAGACAUGUCAACCCUAGCGAAUUACAAUAUCUCUGUACGCAGUGCGACAGAAGAUUUGGAAUUAAACGAGACUUGGAACGCCACAUGAACAGGAUACAUCUUAAUAUAAGACCUUAUAAAUGUGAUUUGUGUGAAAAGGCAUUCAAUAAUAGUUGGUGCGUAAAGAAACAUAAAAAGAUUUCACACGAGGGAUACAAAAGGCCGUACAUCUUCCCUUGCACUAUGUGCGAUAAGAUAUUUGACCAAAAAUCUAUUCUCAAAUCUCAUAUUAGAACACAUACUGGCGAACGACCGUUCCAGUGUACAAUAUGUCCGGCGAAGUUCACGCAGUCCAGUAGUCUCGGCACCCAUACAAAACUAGUCCACCUCAAGCAAACAAGAACUGGAAAACCGAAAACUCUCAAAUAAAUUAAUUUAA